AUACUAGUCAGUAGUUACUAACUAACUAGUCAGUCAGUCGCAGUCCUCAGUCAGUGUCAGUGUUGUGUUUGAAUCGUCAAGAACAUCUCAACAUGGGUUGCUCCACAAUUGCUCGCUACAUUUUAAUUGUCAUCAAUCUCGUUUUGGCGCUGGCCGGCAUAGGUGUCGUAGUGGUAGGAGUUUCGAUGGCCUCAGGAUCUUCCCUCCCCAACGAGCAAGUAAAAGACGACCUUUUACAAGGCAAUCUGAGCAUGGUUGCCAUCAUUUUCACUGUGGUCGGAGCCUGUGUUUUCAUCUUUGCGUUCAUGGGCUGUUGCGGCGCUCUUCAAGAAAACCACUGCAUGAUGUGCACGUACACUGUGUUGUUGUUGACGAUGUUGGUACUACAAAUUGCCGGCCUAGUGUUGGCUUACAAAUACAAGAACGAGACAAAGGAAUUGGCUACCAAUCUCUUGGAGGCAAGCUAUGAAAAAUAUGGAACUGACAACAGCACACGUAGCGGAGUCGACUUUAUACAACAAGAGUUCAAGUGCUGCGGUUCUGUUAACACAAGUACACCUUGGAACAUUUUGAACAUGACCAUGCCAGAGUCUUGCUAUCCCAACAAGAACAUUACCUUGGUCCCGUUCAAAACAGACUGCAUAUCAACCUUGAGUGAAAAAGUCAAGGAAAAGUUCUCAGCAAUCCAAAAAUGGGCUAUCAUCUUAGCUGUAGUCCAGGCGAUAGGCGUUGUGUUUGCCCUGAAAGUGGCCUCCUCAAUAAAAAGGAUGCAACUACGUGGCUACUCAUAACCUUCAUCUCCUCUACCAGCAAAGCACAGAGAAAACAUUUUAUUCUGUAUUAAGUUUCUUAUCUGUGAUUGAUUUUUAUACCUACAAAUGAAAAGUAAUUUAAAACUACUCGUCAUGUUAAAGUUUUCUUUUUAAUUUCGGAAACACUUGACUGACUUUUAUGUAUUGUCCAAAAAGUGAAUAAUAAACUAUUUUACUUAUAA